AUGGUGGAGCAAACAGACUGGGACAAGUUUGUAACAUAUACACAAUCAGACAAGUUUAAGGAUGUGUCAAAUAAGACAAAAAGAGCAAGAUCAAAAUACGUUUAUGAUCAUCACUUGGGACGAGGAGGAUAUGCUUAUCUAAGAGACAAAUUGGUACAAAAUAACAAACUUUCAGUUGAUGAGAUCCCCUCUCGUGCUUUAAUAUGGAGGAAAGCAAGGGAAAACAAAAACGGAGAAUACAAGAAUGUUGAUGUAAAAGACAUAGCUAAUAAAAUAAUUGACACUGAAACGCAAAUUAAAGAUGGAUCCGUGAACCUUGAUCCGGGCACAGAUGCACUCACAUUAGUAUUUGGCAAAGAAAAAGGUGGGUAUUUAAAAGGUGUUGGUUAUGGAGUGACUUCUAAUAGAUAUUGGCAGAGUCCUCGAACAAAAGGAUCAUCAAAAGAACGAAUUGCACAACUGGAGUUUCAACUACAUAACGAGAGACUUGAGCGUGGGAAAAAAGAUGAACAAAUUAAGACCCUUUCGAUGCAGAUGGCAGAAACAAAUAACACACUUAAUCAAGUUUUAGCUCAUCUGGCUGCACAAGGACAAACAUUAUAAAUAUGUUCAUUAUCUGCAGACAAAA